AUGAAGAAAGUUGAAUUUUCGGCCUCACCCGAUGGGUCCCAGGUUGAUGAAGCUUUUGAGUUCUUCCUACGACGAGCAGGCGCCCAAACAUUGCAAAACCUACGAUCAGUCGUCAUCAAGCUCGAACUCCCCGAUUGGACCGCUGGUCGCCGCAAGCUCGUUUGCAGCCUCGUUACGCUGACCCAACUUGUUCCUCAUGUGCGUUACAAGAUUUUGUCUUCUGAUUGGGGCCUGUUCUGGUACGCCGAUGAUCUUUUCGAGACACUUGAAGAGUUCGUCUCGCAAGGACGCAAGAAUCUUUAA